UUUGUAUUAAGAACAUAAGAAAAUGGAUGCGACACUGACCAGAAUUUUUGGAAGAGAGGAAGAGAAGAGGGAUUUUGAAGGGGUUUAAAUAAAUUUGUAGAUUUUAGUGGGUGAUGAGGGGAAUAAGGUGUAAAAAAUUUAUUGGAGUUUUUAUGCUGUUUUUUAGAGGAUGAAAUUGUGUGGUUUGAAUUUUUCAAGGUUUGAGGUUUUUAUGAAUAUUUUGGGGUAAUUCUAGAUCUUGGAAUUAAUGGCUUUAAUUAUAUUUCUUCACAAAUUUGCAAAUUUUGAAGCAAAGGGGUCUGACCCUAUGUAUUUUCGGAAUCAGCUCUUGGAUAGAAUGGGUCAUUUUGACAAUAUUUUCCAACCUGAAAGAGAAUUAUCUUCCAAAGAAGAGCUUCUGCUUAUAAUUUUAGUACCUAUUAUUCCCAAUAGAUUCUUCAAGUCAUUAAUUUAUCAGAGCAUAUCAACCAAAUCUCAGAUCUUAUCAAAGUUAUUAUUUUCAUUCAAGAGCUAACAUGAAAGACUCUUAAGGAAGCAUACAGAUAUUACUAUCCGUUAAAGUCUCCAGACCGAGACAAUUAAUGAAUGCUACUGCAAUUUUCUAUGAAAAAUAUCCACCCCAUUUCUAUUCACAAUUAACGCCCCAAAGAGAGCACCUAAAGCAACCCUUAUAUCAACAGUGAGCCUCUUCUAAGCUACAAAACCAACCUCUGUUCUAACAAUAAUGCCGUUUAUAAUUUUUUAUUAAUAGUAAAUCUAUUCGUAUUUAUUUUUAUGGAUAUGAAUAUUUCUUAUGCUUCAACCAGCUGAUUUGGACCCAAGAAAAUCCCAAACUUCUUGUUAAUGAUCCUGAGUAGGUGUGGUUAUUAUCAAAGUUUGUGGUAAGUACUCUGGGCAGCUGACUUCAGUCAUAAAUCCAGAUAUUUCUCCAGAAGGAUAAACCGCUUUUCAAAUUUUGGCAAAUCUUGUUUUAUUCAGAUUCUGAAUAAUCAAAAGAAGUGUUUGUCUCUGUUAAUAGAAAACCCCUUUUUA